GUCAACGUCGCUGCUUCCAGGACCGCUAAAUGAUAUUGGGAUAAGGACUUUACUCCUCCAGUGCACCUUGAGAAGCCUGUCGGAGCCCAAAGUUUUGCAGCUGCUGUUUACGGAAGGCAGCAGAGCAGUAGCAGCGGCAGCAGCAGCCACCGGUGACUUUACACUCUUUCGGGGAUUCUUCUGCGAAUGUUGGAGAUUGUUUUUCCGCCAUAAUCUUUGAAAAGUGAGAUGAGAUGAGGCUCUACCAUGUCAGCAACUGCACAACAACGGAAACAACGGGCUUUCAAGAAUCCGAGGGAGAAUGGGAAAUACUGAGUUAAACUUUGUCUGUUUUUUCGAACCGCGGUGCUUUGCGGCCGUCAAGGUUAUGAAGAUCCUCCGGGGGUCCCAGCGGAGGAGCAAGCUGUCAACACUGGGCUUAAUCUUGUGAACACCCCCGGUCCCCAUCCCCGACCCCCCUCCACUACACUCCCUGAUCUUCCCGGCCCAUCUCACCCCCGAACCCCUUUACCCCACCUCCACCACCACCUACCCCUCCGUCUCUGAUGGCUCAAUGGGGCAGACCCAACCUGAGCCUCCACUGCUGGAUGUGUGUGUGGUCGGCGGUCACAUCAGCAACAUCUGCAAUGGCGUCUGGGUCAACCGGGGCAGCAGCCGCAGGUGCAGCGGCUCUCAGCCUCCCUCGCGACAAUGCUGGGGGCCCGUUGGAUUGGCUGCUGUCGGACAAAGGCCCCUUCCACCACUCGCCGGAUUACAUGGACUUUGUGGAGAAGAACCGGCAGGGCUUCUCUACCAGAUAUAAGAUCUACAGGGAAUUUGGGCGGUGGAAGGUGAACAACCUGGCAGUGGAAAGGAGAGAAUUCCUGGAGUCUCCGCUCACUUUGACACCCGAGUUCGUCAGGAACAUUCGGAUGCUGGGUCGCAGGCCCUCCACCCAAAUGAUCACGGACAACCUCAUCAGGAAGUAUGGGACCCAUUUCCUGCUGUCAGCAACGCUAGGAGGAGAGGAGGCUCUCACAAUAUUUGUGGACAAAAGGAAGCUAAGCAAGAAAGCCGAGGUGAGCGAUUACUCGGGCAACUCCUCGGCGGUGACCCUGGAGGCCCUGCACCAGCUGGCCGCCUCCUACUUCAUCGACAGAGAGAGCACCCUGCGCAAGCUGCACCACAUCCAGAUCGCCUCCACGGCCAUCAAGGUGACAGAGACAAGAACCGGUCCUCUCGGAUGCAGUAACUAUGACAACCUUGAUUCCGUUAGCUCUGUUCUUGUGCAGAGCCCAGAAAAUAAGGUCCAGCUGCAAGGCUUGCAGGUCAUCCUCCCAAACUACCUGAGGGAAGGUUUUGUGCAGGCGGCGCUGAGCUACAUUGCGUGCAACGGAGAGGGAGAGUUUGUGUGCAGGGAGAACGACUGCUGGUGCAAGUGCAAUCCAAAAUUCCCAGAAUGCAACUGUCCUUAUAUGGAUAUUCAGGCCAUGGAAGAAAGCCUGCAGAGGAUCACAGAGACAUGGGGAAUGCUAUACAAAGACUUUGAGGAAUCAGAUGAGUUCAAAAGCUUCCUCGGGAGGCUGCCCCAGAAUGUGUUCCUUAACGUCUCGGCCAUCCGCCACACGUGGUCGCUGGACAGCGCCUUCCAGUGGCGCUACGAGCAGCUGGAGAACAGCAUGCAGUCACUGCUCAGACGGGCCCAGCGGGUCGUCUUCAAGCUAUUCAGCCUCAGCAAGCGCUGCCAGAGACAGCCACACAUCCACCUACCCAGGGAACGGCCUCGGUCCUUCUGGCUCAGCCACUUCCAGUCCCUGCUCUACUGCUCGGAGAACAACCAGCUGGGCACCUUCUCUGAGGAGCUCCAUAGCUGCACAUGCCGCUAUGAGCACAGCCCCUGUCAGCUGCCACCGCCCUGCGUCACCGGGGAGGGCCCCGCGUGCGCUGCCUGUGCCCCAGACAACCACACCCGCUGUGGGGGCUGCAAUGCGGGCUUUGCCCUGGUGCAAGGGGCCUGCAGGCCGAUGGUGGCCGACUCCACAGAGAACUACCUGGGCUUCGAGACAGACCUUCAGGACCUGGAGCUGCGCUACCUGCUGCAGAGGGCUGACCGCAGGCUAGAGGUCCACGCCAUCUUCAUUAGCAACGACAUGCGGCUCAACAGCUGGUUCGACCCCUCUUGGAGGAAGAGGAUGCUGCUGACACUGAAGAGCAACAAGUAUAAGACCAACAUGGUGCACAUGCUGUUGGGCGUGUCCCUGCAGAUCUGCCUGACCAAGAACAGCACCCUGGAGCCCGCUCUCACACUCUACAUCAACCCCUUCGGCGGGAGCCAUUCGGAGAGCUGGUACAUCCCGGUCAACGAGAACAGCUUCCCCGACUGGCAGUCCAACAAGCUGGACCUCCCCCUCGAGUGCUUCAACUGGACCCUGACACUGGGCAACAAAUGGAAGACGUUCUUUGAGACAAUCCACAUCUACCUUCGGAGCAGGAUUAAGACGCCGGGGAGCACCAAUGACAGCGUCUAUUACGAGCCUCUGGAAAUGACGGAUCCCGGCCACAACUUGGGCUACAUGAAGAUCAACAGCAUCCAGGUGUUUGGCUACAGCAUGCAUUUUGACCCGGAGGCCAUCCGGGAUCUGAUCCUGCAGCUGGACUACCCGUACACCCAGGGCUCCCAGGACACGGCCAUGCUCCAGCUCCUGGAGUUAAGGGACCGGAUAAACCGGCUUUCGCCUCCCGGACAACAGCAGUUGGAUCUGUUUGCGUGUCUUCUCCGCCAUCGGCUCAAACUCACGGCAAGUGAGGUUGUCCGCAUACACGCCUCACUGCAAGCAUUCAGCUCUCGGUUGCCUAACUCGCAGGAUUACGAAACCACCAAACUUUGCAGCUAGCGGCUGCUAUGGUGAAGCAAAAAUGGGAAAACUGAAUGUUGGAAAUUCGGAAUGGCCCAUUGUGAUGCAGCAACAAGGUUAUGUUGGAGUCAUAACCAUGAACCAUGGAGAUAAAUGUGGGUUUAUUUUAUUUUUUACCAAAUUAUGUUAUAAACUGAA